CUCGACCAAUCACAGAGCACUUCUCACUCAGCAGAUUCAGGCAGCUCGGUUUGUUGCGCGCGCUGACUGCAGGUAAAUAGUUGGCUACAGCUUAGUUUGCUAAGCUUUUCUUAAAAGUUGCCACAUGCCCUGCGUAUUAAGAAGUUAGGAACACUUCGUGACUCACUCUUCCACCAUUUUUUUUCCCACAACAGUGCCUGAUACUCUCGCUUACCUGUUGGUCACUUUUUACUCAUUAUGGCUACGCGCCUUCGACCGACACUUGGUGGAGAAGCUGUUGGAUCGAGGCUACUCCGUUUCUGUGUUUGACAUCCGUCAGAGCUACGAGCUGUCCGGUGUCACCUUCCACCAGGGAGACCUCUGCGACAAACAGGCUCUGCUGCCAGCUAUGAAGGAUGUGUCCCUGGUCUUCCACUGUGCCUCCCCAGCCCCUGCCUGCGAUGACCGCAGGCUGUUUGAGAGGGUCAACAUCCAGGGCACACGCACCGUCAUUCAGGCAUGCAUCGAGGCUGGCGUACAGAAACUGGUCCUGACAAGCAGUGCCAGUGUGGUGUUUGAAGGGACAGACAUUAAGAAUGGGAAAGAGGAUCUACCAUACGCCAAAAAGCCCAUCGACUAUUACACAGAGACCAAGAUUGAGCAAGAAAAGCUGGUCCUCGAGGCCUGUGACAAGGAGAAGGGUUUCCUCACAGUUGCCAUCCGGCCUCAUGGCAUCUUUGGGCCUCGGGACCCACAGCUGGUUCCUAUCCUAGUAGACACGGCUCGCAAGGGCAAGAUGAAGUUUAUCAUUGGUGAUGGGACCAAUCUGGUGGAUUUCACGUUUGUGGAGAAUGUAGUUCAUGGCCACAUCUUGGCUGCUGAACGCCUGAGGCCGGACUCCCCCAUUUGUGGAAAACCGUACCACAUCACCAAUGAUGAGCCAAUUAGGUUCUGGGACUUCAUGUCUGAGGUGCUGGUGGGUCUGGGAUACGCUGCUCCCCGCUACCACCUGCCCUACACUCUUGUGUACGUACUGGCCCUGCUCCUCUGGCUGCUGGCCCUUAUCCUGCGCCCACUAGUGUCCUUUAAACCCACCUUUACACCGAUGAGAGUGGCUCUGGCUGGAACCCACCACUACUACAGCUGUGACCGCGCCAAGCAGGACAUGGGCUACAAACCUGUUGUCAGUCUCAAGGACGGGAUAGCACGCACAGUGCAGAGCUACCCUCACCUCAGACAAGGGGCUUGAUGAUAGAAUAGGUAAAGGCUGCUGAGAGACAUGUACAAGGGUGUACAGUUACACUCACUGAGAAUAACAUGAUUAGAUCACACUGAAUGGACAAUUCAAAAUGAGGGAACAGACUUUCUCUUUAUUCAAACGUCACAAUGUGUACCAUUUGUGUGCCUUUUCAACGGUUAUGUACCAUUUUUACCAGCAGAUGGUAGCAAACGAUUCUGGUUUUGGUCAACACACUUUUCAAAGUUUUAAAGCACUUAGUAAACAGUAAACCUCUGCUUAUGGCAACAUAAAUAUACCAAUCUUACACUGUGAAAACUGCAAACACUUACAAAUAUUCUUGUUCCAUGUUCACCUGUGUGCUGUACAACUGUUGAGAUGCUGCUGUUAAAUGCCUUAAUGUAUUCCACUAAACCAUGAUUCUCCUGAUACAACUUGCAUGAAAAUUAUUGUCUAAAGUGAUGACUGGCAUUACAUUACAUGGCCAAACAUAUGUGGACAAGGAUUCGUGUUUUUGGGCUUUAUUUAGUUUGGCAUAAGCUCUUUGUAUAAAGUAAGCAGCAUACAUAGUACUUUAGAUGCUAUUGGGCCUUUAUUGUUUAAACAGAACCAAACCCCUGUGCUCAGUGCCACUGUGUGGAAAUGGGAAAAGCCUUCCUAGAAGAAUGGAGCUUGCAAUAUAUAUAGCAGCAUAUUACUUUAUAUAGUUCAGUGCAUAGGUUCACCUAUUUUCAUGUCUAUCCCAAGACGAUAUAUACAUCCUGUCCAUACUGGCCAUGAAAGCAUCCCCUCCUAAUGCGAUUCCAAUACAAGAAUUGGGGGAUAGGAAAAAAAUCUUCAGUCUUUGUUGUGCAAAAAUGUACAAAAGUUCAACCAAGGCCAAUAUGAGCCUUUAGCAGACUGAGACAGACAAAUCAAUGGAUAAAACCUACUGUGGAUUUUGCACUAAACACGCUGAAACUAUAAAGCUUCCUGAUUGAUGUAACAAAAUCCGACUGCUAAGGUCUCAUAUAAGCUUAGGCUGAACGUAAUGAAUUUUACACAGAACAAGGGCUAUCUCUUAGUAUUACAAUUGCAUUAGGAAGGGAUUGUUUCAUGCAAACAUGGACAGGAGUAAUGAUGAUUUUAAUGUGUGUAUAUGGGACUAAUGUGUCUCCACAUACUUUUGGCCAUUUAGUGUAUUUCUUCACAUACGUGAUUCACAUACAUUCACACAUUCCCAACACUUUGUACCUCCUCUCUGAUACUGGAGCAUCUGUGGUAUGUGUUUCUACAAGUUACGCAAACUGUUGAAAUAAUAUUCAACAACGUCAAAUACAAUAAGGGAUGGGCAAUGAAAAUGCAUCCUAAGCUAUUGUAAUCCAUGUGUAGUUCUGUCAUUUUAAUGAUGACACCGUUCUAUAACCGAGGAACUUGUAAACACACGAGGGCCUAAUUUUCUCAGUAUUUGUGUCAAAUGUAUUAGCUGCUAGAAAUAUUUUUGCCUUUUCUAGGUGAAGCAUUUUUGUCAUUCCAUGUCAAGGUGUGGUGA